AAGCUUGACCUUUGUCCUCAACCAAGCUCUUUAUUCUCCAGCUCCAUAUCGAAAUUAAAUACGCACUUCGCCUGACUUCAAUUCAAUCAACUUUGUGUAGGGCAUGCGAUGUUGCCUGAAAUAAAGUCUGUAGAGGAGUUUCGGCAAGUGACAGGAGGAGGGAAAACAGUUGUCAUUGACUUUUGGGCAGCAUGGUGUAUGCCGUGCAAAGCGAUCUCUCCAGUAUUUGAUGCAUUCGCUGCUAGAUUUCCUGAGCUUGGUUUCUACAAGGUCAACGUAAGCGAAGCUCGGGAAGUUAGUCAGGAAGCUGGAAUACGAGGGUUGCCGACUUUUCAAACCUACCGAUAUGGAAUCAAACUUCGGGAGGUAGCUGGAGCCAAUCAACCUAAACUAGAGGAAAUGGUCAAAGAAGCCUCAGAUCGGAAAACGUAGUCUGCCCUAAAGACCCCAUAACAUAUAAUCAUAUGGCAGUCACGCUGCUUGA